GAAGAAGAAGAAGAAGAAGAAGAAGAAGAAGGAAAAAGUUUGAGGAAAUGUGUUUUUUUUUAUUGUGGGACGUGAUUCUGUUCAAACCUGGAUUAUCUUCAGUGUCUUUUGUUCCUGCUUCCUAAUGGGCUGAAACCUUGUCACAUUCACGGGAUGUUGAGUGUUCAGCAUCUCUGAAAUCCAGCAACUAAAGAUCAUGGCUUGUGCAUGUCAGUCAGCCUUGGAUUACGUCAGGAGUGCCAGAGACCACCUGGUGAGAGCAUUAAAGGGGUUUACUGAGGUUGUGGAGAAAUUGUCCACGAGAGGAUUUUUCUCAGAGGAAGAUGUAAAUAAAAUAAAGUCAGAGAGUGAUGGAUUUGACAAAACCAGAAGAAUUGUGGACCAUGUUAUAGAAAAGGGGGACGAAGCUUGCUAUGAGUUUCUCAGGAUUAUUGACACAACAAGGAGGACCUCUGGAGAGAGAUCACUGUCUUUUGCAGAAGAUCCAGAGUCAUCGUCCUCUCUGUCCAACAUGUUUGAUCUCAACUACUGGAUCAGCUGCUUUUCCUUCAGGGAGGACAUUAACAUGGAUGUAACAUCUUUACAAGGCCCCAUCCCGUGCCACAGAUACCAACAAAAGCUGAAAUCAGAAGCUCAAAAGAUUUCAGAAAGAUCAUGGACUCAAAGUAAAGCAGUCUUGUUAAACAAGCAGAGCUCCCUGUCCUACACCUCGCUUGUGUUAGACACACUAGGACAGGCUUCAGCAUCCAAAAUAAAAAAGUCAAAGAUCAAGAAAAGCAGGAAGCUUCGACCUAAAAAACUAAAAAAGUACAUACCUGAGGACAAACAUGGAACUUCUCCGAGUGAACUCCUGAAAACGUAUGAAAGAAAAAUCCUUUUGGUAGGAAAACCUGGAACUGGGAAAACAGCUGUGGUCCAUCAGAUGUUGAAACUGUGGUCAGAGAAAGAUAACAGAGAUCUGGAUUACAUGUUCUACUUUGAUAUGAGAGAAACACCCAACAUCACAGAGCUUCAUAAACUGGAGGAUCUUCUCUUCAGUGUGUUCUGUGAACCAGAUGAAGGCAAAGAUGAGGUCUUACAGGACAUAAAGGAUAAUGCUGACAGUGUUACCAUCAUUUUUGAUGGAGUUACAGAUGUUGGCUCUACAUCUGUGGUGUUUAAGCUCAUACAGAAGACUCUUCUACCUGAAGCAAAGAUCAUCAUCACCUGCAGACCAGAGGUGGAGUCAGCAGACUUCCUGUUGGAUUGGGACUGUCUCAGAGUGGAAGUGAAAGGCUUCAGUGAGCAGGGCAUCAGAGAGUACUUAUCCAAGAAUCUGAGCGAGGAUCACUUCAACAAAGUUUUGUGUAACUUGGAGUUAUUCUCUCUUUGCCACGUCCCCAUGUACGCCCUGAUGGUGGUCGCCUGCUUUAGCUUUGAGGGCUCAGAUUUCUCUCCACAUCCCUGCACAGUUACUGAAAUAUACCUCAAUAUCCUCCAUUUCUGCAAUCAGAGGAAUGUUUCUAAGACACCUGAAAAUGAAAGCACUAAAUGGGAUGCAAUACUGUCUUUAUCUCAGGCAGCUUUUUGUGCAACAGAAGGGAAAAAUGUGAACCUAACAUCACUGCCCAAACUAGAGAGCUGUGCUAAUUUGGCCAUUUUGAGCAGGAAUGUAAUUCAAGUCAGCCCAACUGUAAGGAAACCCUUGUGUGCCUUUCUCCACUACACAGUUCAGGAGUUUUUUGCAGCUCUGUGGGUCUUAAAGGAUCCAGAGAAGACCAGGUGUGUUCUACAGCAGUGUCUGGUUCAGGGCAGCAAACACAUGAAACAUUUGGUCCCUUUCCUGUGUGGACUGUUGAAUGAGAAGAACGCUGAUUUGGUAGAAAGUCUCCUUCCUCCUCAGCAGCUCAGAGACACGUCUGACUGGUUCUUCAAACACUUGGUGACCACCUUUGUAGGUUGUAGUGACCGUGAAGACUGUGAAAUGGACUUAAUGUUCUUAUGUCAAUGCCUCUAUGAGUCUCAGUCACCUGAUGCCUGCCUCUGCCUCCUGGAGAAACUGGACUACUUUAUUGAUGUGAGUGGAGAGACUCUUGAUCCUCAGCAGUGUUGUGUUCUGUCCUAUGUAAUCAGCCAGAGUAAGGAGAGGAAAAUAGAGCUGAACCUGGAGGAUACAACAGUAUCAAAACAGGGAAUGAGGCCUUUGCUGGGAUGCCUCAGCAAACUUCAAAGGAGUGACUCCUUGUCACGCCAGCUGUGGACCAUUUCUCUUCUGACUGAUGGGGACGUGGAUUACGUGAGCUUACUUGACUUCACUGAGAAUCAGCUGCACCUCCCAGUCAACAGUAAAACACAACUGUAUGACGGAGCUGUGAGAGUCCUGCAGGAGAGGAAGAGGAAGGUGAAAGUCUGCCUUCACUGUGAUCACAGAGUCUGUCAAAGUGCGAGCUCGUUCCUCUUACACCGUUUACCCCACAUCCACUCACUCAGAGUUGAUGCUGAGACAUCAGAUGAAGACAGAACGAAGAUCUUUGUGAGUCUGUUCUGUGCAGCAGCAGAGAGAGAGCAGCAGACAGGAGAGAAGAUCCUGGAGCUGUUAGCAUCAGUGUGCAGAUACAAAAACAGUCCUCUUAAACAGAAAUGGUGUGACUUCCUCCUGGACCUGUACUCUUAUGAGACUAAAACAGGUCUGAGUGUCCUUCCAUCAUUACAGUCAGUUUUCCAGUCAGCUCCUGCAGUCUGGUCCAUAAAGCUCUCAGAGAGAAAGACCUCCAUCCUCCUGGAGGUGCUGAAACUCCAACCAGAGAAGAAACAAGUGGAGCUGAGAGGCUGCUCACAUGAAGAGAGUGAAGUGAGGAGUUUCCUGCAGUGUCUGCCUUAUAUCUCACAGCUCAGGUACACGACAUACUACAUACAUGACAUCUUCAUAAGACGAGAUGCUCCCUGAAGUCAGCAGUGGAAACAUUUUUCAGUAUAUGAAUUUUAAUAUAAUUGUAUAAUUGUACAGGGAGCUGAAGAGUGAAGCAGCUUUAUCAUAAGCAGGCUUUCUUUGUGUUAGCUGACUUGAUAAAAGCUAAACCUGCAGUCAGAGAUGACAGCUGUGACAAUGUGGGGGAAAACUUUGUGUUCACUCAGCUUCAGUCUCUGUCCACACUCAUGUAAAAGGGGGCUUUGAUUUGUUAUUUCUCUGUUUUUUCACACAAAAUGGACCAAUCGAAUGCCGCCUUCAUCAGUCACAAACAUGAGCACGUGAAUGGAUGAUAAACAUCUAUGAAGAAGUGAAUGAAUAGAUGUGUUUGAGCGCUCUGUGCUGCGGUUUAUUUGUAAGCUGACAGCUGCACAAUUAGAGCUGUAAGAAAUAUUUGUAAAAAUUAUUAUUGAAAAAAUAUUUUAAUAGUAAGGCAAUAUGAGCAGUGUUACAGGCAUAGGCCUAAAGACGGGAGCCUCAUGGGCAGUGUGGUCCCUGCAAUUAUGCACUUUUAUUUUUCUUACAACGCAUUGUGUUGUGCCUCCUGAUUUGCUGCAGACCAUUAUCAAUCAACCUUGAGCCGUGUCUCCUGUCCAGUACAGAACGAGUUCAGCUUGUCAAAUUUACAUAAAUCCUCGAUCGCUAGCAGUGCUGUAUGUUUGUAAGUUUUCUCCCCCACAAACACAACAAUGUCGACGAAACCUUUUGCACCGUCAGAGGCUCCUGCGGUAGCUUCCAAAAGGCUGAGGAAGAUGCUAACUAUGGCACCAAAAGUUUGACUUCUGGACAUGCUAAAGGAAGGUAGAAGUUACCACAUUUUCAGAUUAUAAGACGCAUUAAGCAAAGCCAAACAGUCAGACAAGUUGAAUUCUCUGCAGCUGCUCUAUUCCCAUGUUCUGAAAACAGGGUUUGAUCUUUGGUUUCAUUCUAUAAUACUGGACUUAUUUUUCUAACAAGGUUUGAACUUUGUGUUUAAACAAGCGAGAAAAGAGUGAAAAUGUUCAUACCUGUCUGAAAAAAGUGUCUACAGCUUGUAGUGAGGGCUUCAAGCAUCUAUAAUAACUACUGUACAGAUUUCACCUAUCGCGGGAUAUUUUUAGAACCUAACAGCUGCAAUAAACGAGGGACCACUUUACACAUAAAAUAAUGACGCCUCUGCCUUUCUAAAUGGGGGGACAGUAACUGCAUGUGUAAGUGUGUACAAACCACUAAUAGUAAGAUGUGAAAAAUGUGACGUGAAAGAAGACGCACAACUUUUGACGUUGCGUGAUGAACCCCGUAUUCCUCGUCCACGUAAAUGCAAAGAAGGAGUUUAAAAAAAUCUCAGUUUUAGAUGAUUCAAAAUGCUGUUUACGUGUGGACAAAAGGCCCAUACACAUAGAAAAAGCUGUAUAGGAUUAUUUAUUGGUCAGCAGCUCACUGCUGAGUGACAUUUCAGACACUAAGAUUCAUCCUACAGCUGUCAGUGAUCAUGCUCCUGUAUCUUUAACACUAAUGCACAAGAAUAAUACUACGCCAAGUAAAAACUGGAGAUU